AUGGACGACGAGGCCAAGUUGAAGGCGCGUGCGCUGAAGUUUGGACUGAACCAUCCCAGCUUGGAGAAGGAGAAGGCGAAGCAACGAGCGCUCAAGUUCGGUCUCCCGCAUCCGGACAUCGAACAGGAGAAGCGUACCCGACGGCAGCAGCGUUUCAGUCACGACCCUCAGGUCAACGUUACGCCAGAAGUUCUAAAGAAGAGAGCUGAGCGAUUCGGCGUCACCAACGGUAGGACACAAUUUCCGGACACAAUCCUUUGA